AUGACCAUCACUCGUCCAAAUAUUACUUUUGCUGUUUCUAAACUUGCUCAAUACUCAUCUGCUCCGCGAAAGUUUCAUCUUCAAGUUGCACACAAGGUACUUCGUUACUUGAAGGGUACUAUUGGACAGGGCUUAUUCUAUGGCAAGGAUUAUGACUUCUCGCUUAGAGGAUUCUCUGACGCAGAUUGGGGAGCUUGUCCCGAUAGUAGGCGCUCUGUUACUAGCUAUGCCAUCUUCAUUGAAUCUGAGUAUCGUGCCAUGAGUGUGAUUACCAAGGAGCUGUUGUGGUUCACAUAUAUCUUGAAAGCGCUUCGGGUACCUUUCUCUCUUCCCGCUGAUUUGUAUUGUGAUAAUCAGGCUGCUCUUCACAUUGCCAGUAACUCUGUUUAUCAUAAACGCACGAAACACAUAGAAUUUGAUUGUCACAAGGUUAGAGAGGCAAUUGAUGAUGGUAUUCUCAAGACCAUGUUCGUUCGUACUGACAAUCAACUUGCUGACAUCUUAACCAAAGCUUUACAUCCGGCUCUCUUCAGUGCUAAUAUUGGCAAGAUGGGAGUCAUUAACAUCUACUUGUCUCCAUCUUGA